AUGGAAAAAGACGACAGCAAUGACUUCGAUACUGAUUUAGAUGAUGACACAACAGAUCACAUCAAUGAAUCGCCACUACAUCGAUUAUCAUCUGGUAAAAUACUAGCAGCUCAUCGUAGUAAUCGAUUGAAUCAAACGUUUGGUCAAAUAAAUGUACCGUACGAAGUUCAACAGGAACUAGUCAAAGAAGACAAUGAUGAUACUCUUAUUACAUUAAGACUUAAAACGCCGCAUGAUAAAAGAAGUAUUUCAGCAAGAGUUCAAAUCUAUGAACAUUGUUGUCAAACGCUUGAUACGACAGCUGAUUGGCAAAUACGAGCUCUUCUUCCUUCCGAUGUUAUCACUAUAAUUGAUAGAUCAUUUUCCUUUAACGAUAUUCGUGCAUUAGCCACUGCGAUUGAAGCCAAUCUCGAAAGUCUAACAUUAAAUACAGUAGGUUUAACAUCACGAUCAGCCCAUCUACUUUGCCAAGCAUUAUGUAAAUGUAUUAACCUUAAUUUAUUGGAUCUGUCAGGUAAUAAAAUUGGUAGAAAAGGUUUUGAAGCAAUAGUUGAUACUGUUAAUUCUCUCCCAUCGCUACUCUAUCUAUCAUUGACAAAUUGUGGCCUAAAAGAUUCUUAUGGUAUUCGAAUCGGUGAUCUAUGCCGACCUAAAAGACUUAUAGAAAUAAAUUUAAGUGCUAAUGAGUUUGAAGAAAAUUCAUGUAUUUUCAUUGGCAAUGUUUUAACUGAAAAUUCGAGUUUAUCAUAUUUAAAUUUAAGUUGGAAUUUCAUUCGAAGUGUUGCAUCAAUCGCACUUUUUCGAGGAAUCGAAGUUAAUCAAUAUUUAACGCACCUUGAUUUAUCAUGGAGCGGUCUUGGUUAUGAUGGUAGUGUUGCCCUACGUCGUGUUUUAAUUGUUAAUAAAGUUUUAGAACGUUUAAAUAUAAGUAAUUGUAAUAUCGAAUGGUUCAGUGCAAAAGUAAUCAGUGAAGGUUUAGCAAAAAAUUCAACACUUAAUAUUUUGAAUCUUUCCUACAAUCCAAUAACAACACAUGGUGUUCAAUAUAUUAUUCAAGCGUUGAAUUCAAAGACCAGUGCUCUUCAUUGGCUUGAUAUAUCGGGUACACCAGUUUUCGCGCCAACAGUUCGUCUUGCAGAAAAAAUUGCACAACGGAGAGAUUUUAUUAUGAAAUUUGACUGUGAAAUGCCAGUACAUGAUGCACUUGGUCGAGAAGCAGUAGCUACCAAAGGUGAUUCUAUGCGUAAAAUUAUUCAACAUAUCGAUGAAAGACGUUGGCGCACAUUGGAUUAUUUUCGAAUGUUAGAUAAAAAUAAUACAUCACAUUUGGACAGAGAAACUGUUACUUUAAAUAUUGUGAAAUCCGGUGUAAAACUUCAAAAUGAAGAUAUUCAAAAUAUUCAUCAACGUUUAAUACAACCAGCAGUGCAACCUUUAACAUAUCAAGCUAUAAAUGGUAUUAUUCAGCAACAACGGGUUCGUGAUCGAUUAUUGAAAAUUCAUCAAGAGCAACAAACAAGACAUAUGAAGAAACAUAAUCGAAAAAUUCUAGAGACUGUCAGUCAACAUUUCCCCGAUAUCGAAAUUAUUAGUAAAUAUCAAAAACAUAAAGAAGCCAUUGAGAAGUUGGCUAAGCCACGUGCACACAGUGCUCAUCCUAGAUUUUCUGAAAACUAA